AUGUCGGGAGAGACGAGCGCGCCGGGGACUUCGCCCAGGGCCCCGCGUCCCGGGACGCAGAAGACAUCCGGCACGGUGACCAAGAAGGGGGAGCGCGGGACCAAGGAGAAGCAGACGAUCAACCUGCAGCCUGUGGGCGAGGAGGAGCCCAAGAACCCAGUUCAGACACCCCAGCUUCGCGCAGCUGCCGCCUACCCUCGCGGGCUCUCCACGGACCCGCGCUCGUCACGUGCCUCGUCUAUCUUAGGUUCCUGCCGCUCACCAUCCUCCACGCCCUGCCCGUGCUGUUCCCUCGGCCUGGAACUCCUCGCACACCCUCAUCCAGCUGAUUCCCACUUGUCUUUCAAGGUGCAUCUCCAGUGCGACCUCGUCCAGGAAGCCCUCUUGCCUCUCACCUCCUCUCAUCAGGCUUUCUACUGCUGUGGUGCCGGAGUUCCUCCAGCCCCUGCUGCCCCAGGCCUGGUGUUGCUGUGGGGCUCCAGGCGGCCCCGGCAGUGGGCAGAGCAGGCGGGCCCUAAGCCAGCCCUUCUGCCUCCAGGUUCUCCCAGCCUUCAGGAUGGGACCUGGAAGGUGUCUCUGGAGGGGAACCCAUUGCAGGAGCAGUCAUACCACAAGCUCAUGGGGCUGGACAGCACGAUUGCGCAUUUGUCUCUGCGGAACAACAACAUCGACGACUACGGGGCGCAGCUGCUGGGCCAGGCUCUUUUUCUCAUCUGUGAACCUUCCUCCUCUCGACACGGGGACUCCAAAACCGACCGUGACAAGAAUCCGGUGAUAGGUGCCAGCAGUGCCGCACUGUCAGAGAAGACAGACAAGAUGCCGCCUAUGAAAACUCCCAAGAGCCUGGGCAAGAAAAAGGAGAAGUCAGGGGAAAUGGUCAAGAAAGAGGAGAAGUCAGGGUCUGGCCAGUCGCCCACGCAAGGAGCCCCUAAGAAAGAAGAUGCGUCAAAGGCAGGCAAAGGGAAGGCAUCCAUCCCUGAGCAGAAGCCAGCCAAGGGGAAAGGGACCAAAUCCGGGAGCAAAGAGAAGCGGAGCAUCCUCCUGGAGUCGGAGGUAGUCUGGAACCGCAUCACAGAGGUGGGGCUGGAUGGCUUCCUCACCGCAGUGCGGUACCAGGUGCAGUUCUCCAAGUCCAAGGCUGCGUCCAAGGGCCCCGUGGGGCUGCUCUGGCUGUCGCUAGCGAAGAAUUACUUCCCUGUGCAAUGUCCUGCGUACACCAUGAUCCAGGAGCUGCUGCUGCCACGGGACCCCAUGAAUAAGGCCAGGCCUCGAGAGGAGGAGGCUGUGGCUUUCCCCAUGUAGCUUCGCUCUCCAAGAGACUCUCGGCCACAGAAGCACCUCCUGUCCCCAUGUGGGCUGUCCUCCCUGGGGGAGUUCUCAGCCCGGUUACAAAGCCUGUCGUGGCACUUUCCCUUGAGGUUGUCUGAAAAUUUUGUUCCAGAACUACCUUGAGCUUUUGGGCUCUGUGAGUCUGUUCAUGUCACAUGGCUAGAAAUGGCAGAGAGUGAUGGUCUCAACUGCUUCCAAGUUCUGCUGGGAAGAUUCUGGCCUCUCAUUAGCCAGCCUCAGCAUUGCUCUCCUGCUUCCUGAGGGCCCAGUUCUUCCUUGUUCAGGCCAGUCACGGCCCCCAUGUUCCCUGGAGGAUUCAGCCUUCGGUCUCAAGAGGCAGAAGGGAGACUCGGGAUUAAUAACUGACGUUCACAA